AUGACUGAAUAUUGGGUAUCGAAAAAACAGUAUUUCUGUAAAUACUGUAAUAUCUACAUACGAGAUGAUGCACCUUCUCGAAAACAACAUGAAACAGGUCUCAAACAUAUUGGAAAUGUCGAACGAUAUAUCAGAGAUCUGUAUAAGACGGGGGCUAUGGCAAAGAAAGAUAAAGCUGUUGAAGCAGCUGAAAUGGCUAGAAUAGAAGCUUCGGCAGCAGCAGCGUAUGCUCACGAUACAUUGAAUGGAGCGGCUGGUGCUGCGUCUUCGUCAUCUAAACCAUCAAUACUUCAAUCACUUCCUUCAUCAGCAUCUUCCACUCCACCUCCUCGUCUAGGAAGGGAUAAACCAAAAGACAAAUAUUCGAAUUAUACAACUGCAGCGGAUCUGGGAUUUGAAGAGAUCAAAACAGCUUAUGAAAUUCAAAAAGAGUUGAAAAAUGAAGCUGGACAACCUUCUGCAUGGCAAACGGUCGAGCUGACCUCUUCAUUGAAUGGUGAUGGUCAAGAAGGCAAAAGGAAAUGGCAAGGUGAAGAAGGUGAAGAAGAUGAAGAAGCAAAUUGGAAAUUCGAUCAUAAUAAAAAAAAACCUAUGAAAGAUUUAUAUGAUGAUGAUUUCGAUCCAAAAGCCCUCAAAGGUCUCAAAGUGAAAAAGAAGGAAGAAAAAUUAAUAAACGAUAAGAGCGUUAAAGAAGAAGAUGUUGGUUUGAAUAGAAACAAUUGGACGGGUAGAUUAGAACUUAAUCCGCCGCCUAUAGGAGGAUCAUCAGACGCCGUUGCUUCAAGAUCAGAUAGAGAAGGAAUGGUUUAUAUUCAAGGCAAUGGUUGGGUUAAAAACGAUCAAGAUCAAGAUCAACAGCUUGCACAGCUUGUUGGCGAUGAGGAAGAAAAGAAACCUAUUCUGGAAAAUGGUGCAGCUCCAACACCGACCUCUGUGAAAGGAAGUCUUAGCACCGACGAGUCAACUGUAAAAAUCUCAAAUAUAGACGUAAAACCAUUAGUCCAAGAAACUGCUGGGGCAUCCAGCAUGUUCAAAAAGCGACGGCCUCCUCCAUCAUCGAGGAAGAAGUGA